GUUAAAAGUUGUGGUCGCCAUAUUUUUGUUGGUGUAGUCGGCAAGUGAAAUUUUAAAAUAUGUAGAUCUUACAUAAAUAAUAUUAUUUAUUUCAAGAAAUUUGUUUCCGCCGUAAGUAACUAUUGAAAUAAAAUGGCAGUAGGAUCAACAAAAGUCGUCCAAGUGACGAAUAUAGCUCCCCAAGCUACCAAAGAUCAGAUGCAGAUAUUAUUUGGAUACUUGGGUAAAAUAGAAGAUAUUCGUUUAUAUCCUACUAUUCGAGAUGUUUCAUGUCCUGUUCAGUCACGCAUUUGUUAUAUAAAAUUUGUUGAUAGUACUACUGUAGGAAUUGCUCAACAUAUGACAAAUACUGUUUUUAUAGAUAGAGCUUUGAUUGUGAUUCCUAUAUCAAGCGGAGACAUUCCAGAUGAAUAUUAUGCUCUGGAGAUGACUAAAAAUGGAACAAUAGUACCAGGUCUAACCCAACUGAUCCAAAAUUGCCCCCUCAUGUUAUCAAUACAAUUCAUAAGACAGAGCAAGAAGAGGUGAUAAUUACCUCCGAUCCUCAUUUGCAUGCUAACGGUUUGCCGCCGUAUCCACCGUUACCAUCAAGUUUUGAUACUGCAAAAAUUGAAGAAACACGUAGAACCAUUUUAAUGCUGAAUUACCACCCUUCGAUAUCUAAUGAUGAUAUAAUUGACUUUUUUAGUUCAGCUGGAGAAGUUAAAUACCUUAGGGUAUGUAAAAGAGACUCUGAUGAUAAUCAACAUAUGCUUAUUGAGUUUUCAGAUCAAGCAUGUGUGGUAAAUGCAUUAAAACUGAGUGGACAAGAAUACAAGGGACAAAUAAUAAUGGUGGAACAUGCAACUCAACCAAUAACCAAACCGCAAGCAAAAAGUAAUGAAGCAGCCCAAAAGGAAAUUGAAGAGGCAAUGUCUAGAUUUAAGGAAGCACAAAAUAUGAUUAAUGCCUCAAUUGAACCAGUCAUUGGCAUGCUUACAAAAGAUAAAAGAAGUUUACGUAGAUCAAGGUCUAGAUCAAGAAGCAGAAGAAAGAGAUCCAGGUCUAGAUCUAGAAGAAGAUCAAGGUCCAGAAGAAGAAGGUCUUCAUCUAGAUCAAGAAGAUCAAGGUCAAGGGACCGUAGAAAAAGGUCAAGAUCUCGAGGUAGGCGUCAUUCCAGAUCUCGAGAUAGACGAUCAAGAUCGAGAAGAUCAAGAUCACCAAGAAGAUCCCGAUCGAGAUCUAGAAGACGAUCCCGGCAUCGAUCCAAAGAAAGAUCCAGAGGAAAGUCCCGAGAUCGUGAUAGAAAAUCAAGAGACCGCUCUAGAGAUAGAAAAAGGAGCCAUGAAAGAGAUGAUAAAGAUAAAGAAAAAGAAAAAGAGAAGAAAUCCAAGGAUAUAGAGUCACCAGAAAAGGAAAAAAACGCCUAAAGAAGCAAAAGAAAAGAAAAGUGACAAAGAAGGCAGUGUUGAAGAAAAACGAAAAUCUAGAUCUAGAAGUAGAAGUAAGAGAAGGUCUAGGUCUAGAGAUCGUCGAAGGGAAAGAAGAAGAUCGAGAUCCAGGGGAAGCAGAAGAAGAACGCCAUCUCCAAGAGGCCCAAGAAGAAGAAGCAGAAGUAAAAGUCGAGAGAGGGACAGGAGAAGAGAUAAAAAAUCAGAUAAAAGAGAUAAGGACCGAAGAGUAAGAGAAAAAAGGUCUAGAUCCAGAGAUAAAGAAAAGGAGAGGAAAGAAAGAUCUAGGUCUAGAUCACUUUCCAAUAGAUCUACUAGGUCCCAUUCUAAGGUUCCAAGGAAUUAUGAUGAAGAGGAAAAAGGUUUUGACACUGAAAAGGACAAACCGAAAGAAAUAGAAUGUGAGAAUAUAGAAAAAGGAUCCCCUGAAAAAUCUGAUAAUAUGGAUAUUUCAAAUUCCCCAUAAACAUACAUUUUAUCUAACCUUCAUAUAGCUACUAUAAUUAACAAACUCUAGUUUUAAUUCUUUUUUAGUCUAUUGCAAGUGCUGAAAAUAAAUUUGGAAAU